AACAAAAAUCAAUGCGCUCCUUUAUUCAGAUUCAACUGCCAACGCCCAUCCCUGCAGGUUCUGGGGCCUGAGAAAAAAAUAGCAUCUUCGGACAGUAUUCUUUGCACCGUUUGGGCAGUGAAGUCAUGGAAACCCAAAAACCUUUCAGCCGCUGAUCCUAUUAUGUCCAGUUUCUUGGACUUUUUGUUCGUUUGUGCAGUACAAUUAAUCACAUGCGCGAUAAACACCAUAACAUUCACCUCAGCACAAUCAGCAUAUCAGUUUCCCUCAACUGUUGAACAACACUCUGAAUCUCCCCAGUCUAGCUGCUUUAUAAAACAAUAAUCUAUUCACGUUCAUACGUGUAACAACGCGAGAACACGGACAAGCACUUCCUUCAGAAAAAUAAUGUUUGUAAAAACGUCAAAAUAAGGGUCCUCAUUUUGAAACUCAUGAAAUAAGUGUGAAAAAAAUGCUGUAAUGUUGCAAUAAUACAUUAAAUUGGCCACCAUGCAGUUUUUGUAAUGUUCUAUUGCCUAGGCCUACUGGUUCUCUGAAGCAUCCUGAAGAGUUACCUUGUUGUAUAAUGUAUACCAUUUACAACUGGAAUCUAUAUUGAUAUUACAAUAAGGUGUGUAUAUUUUUUUCUUAUGAAUACAUUCCUUUGUUGUUAUCCAAUAAUUUUCACUUAGCAAAAAUUACUUAAUAUCAAGCCAAAACUGAUUGUGUGGAUGAACAAAGGUAAUGUUUACAUAGUCCUAUGUACAUCCCAAAUGGCACCCUAUAAAGUACACUAUCGGCCCUGGUCAAAAGUAGUACACUAUGUAGGGAAUAGGGUGCAAUUUUAGGACACAAUCAGAGGACACCCGCUCAUUUAUCAUGGACAGUAGCUGUGAAGUGAUACACAUUGUUGCAGUGUGGUUUUUACUAUGUUUAUGAGCUUACUACUACAAAAUAUACUGUAUUUCAACCAUAGAAGUGGGUUAAUUGGUUAAGGUAAUUGAAAAUAGGCCUAUUUGGCUCUGGUGAUUUGUCUGUCAGGAUGGGUGUGGUCUCCCAUGGCAUCACAUUACAUCACAAUCAUGAUGUCAUAAAUGACUGUGUUCAGAUAUGUUGACAGCCUAAAUGGUUUGCCAUAGCGUUACUGUCACAUUACGGCAACACUUAAGUUCAAUUCAGGGUCAAAACCAUUGCUAUAUUUUGGAUGGUUAAUUUUGAAGUGCUUGGUGGUAAGUAGUUGUGACCACUUGUGAUUUAGUGUGAGUAGUCCUACUUUGUGGCACAAUUUAAUUGAGUUUAUUUAAAUAAUAUAAUAAUAUUUUUAAGCCAUAUUGUAUCUUUUUCAGGAUUACAGUAAUUGAGGGAACUAUGGGAAAGUUCUCCUUCCCAAGGCUCAUCAUAAGAAUGCCAUGGGCAAAUUGGACUGCACGGGACGAUUUCUGCACAGGAACUAACGAACUCCACAGGCUCAGAACAAACCACCCUCACAACUCCUCACAACUCCCCAGCCAUACUGUGUGUAGGCAGGGCAAGGAGAACACCGAUUCAACCCCGAAGAAGAGGAAAAAGAAGAGGCACAAUGAGAAGGGGACCCAGGUUGAACUAGGCAUGCGGGAGGAUAUCCAUGACCUUGAGCUCGCCCAUUGGAGAUUGGCUAAAGAGACAUGGAGAACUGAGCGAGGAAACAUAAGGGAGAUGAAGGCGCUAUAUGGAGAAAUAUUUAGGCUGCAAAAGUUGUUGGAGGAGAUUGGGGUAGAUAAAGGGGUGAUCAAGCAGCGCUCCACCUCCUCCAUUCUUUGUCCCGUCUCCCCGACACUGCCAGCUCUCCCCAGGUACAAUCUCCACAGGUACCUCACCAAAAGCCAAUCGGAGUGUGACCAGCAUGCCGCCGCCACCCAGAAGAACCCGGCUAAGAAACACUCAAUCUUUCCCCCUCUGGUCACACAGAGCUGCACCUCCCCUGACAAACGGCCUCAUUCUCCGUCCAAGACGUCGCACCCACACGCUUCACACAGAUUUUCUGUCCCAUCCCACCUCCUGGCUCCCGGCCCUCCUGCCCAGCUGAGGCAGACCCAUCCGCAUGUCCACCCCAGGUCCCCAUUGACUGACCAGGCAAAGGUCAAGGAUAAGGUCAAGAGGUCAGAGGUUGCAUCGUCUGAGGAAUUGUCUGAGGAAGUUCAACGGAGAGGCGCAGAAAUUGAGAAUAUGUAUAAAGCGCAGCUGAAAGAGAGGAUGGCCCAAAAGAGAAAGGAAGAGAUUCUGAAGAAAAGGAUAAACAACUAUGACAAGAACGAUGACACUGAGGCCUCCUGCUCCUCUGCAGUAGGACAAUCCAAGACCCCUGCCACAGCCCCCGAGCGUCCGGCCAGCCCAGAGGCCACCACAGAUGCCACGCCAGUGGCCGUCCAAGAGGACACUCAGGGGGCCACCCAGCAGGACCUAGCAGAGGUUGUGAAUGUGCUCAAGAGGCAGUCAUCUGACCUAUACCUGCCUGACGACGUUUGUGAGGAUUCACUCACGUGGAGCUCCAUUUACGAGGAGCUGUGCCCACUUGCUCACAGGGUGAACUCAGAAGCUGACUACAUCAAGGCGCUCUGCGACACCACUGAGAAGGCUGUGACGCCCUUGCGCUUGUCUCAGGAGGAUGUGUCUCAGAGUAUGAGUGAGGACACAAGUGAGGAGGGAGUAGUGAAAGUGAGGAGAGCAUGA